AUCCAACCCCGGUCAACCUGAUCGAAUCAAAGGUCCGGGUUUUGAAUGGAGCCCCGUGAAAGAACCACAUAAAAGAAGCUGCUUUGCGAAAACCUGGGUUGAAGCCUAAACCCUAGUAAAAUCAGGCUUCCCACACCAACUUCUCGACACGCUCUUGGCUCAGCUGUUAUUCGAUCGAAACACGAAGCAGCUGUCAUGGGUAUCACAGACAACCAUGAACUCGAAGCUCAGAAGAAGAGCAAGAAGCAGAAGAGGAAGCUCGAACUGAUCGAGCCCGAGGUGGUUGUCGUAGAGGCCAAGAAGGAGAAGAAAAAGAAGAAGAACGACAAGAGAGGUGAUGGGUUUGUGGUUGAUUGUGUUGAGGGGGGUGAAAUAGUAGAUGGGUCAGCUGAGGUUGGUGAAAAGAAGAAGAAGAAGGAUAGGAAGGAAAACAAGAGAGAAAAAGAAGAAGAGUUUUUGGGAAAUGGGUCAGGUGGAAUUGGUAAGAAGGAGAAGAAAAAGCACAAGGAGGAGAGAGAAGGCAGAGGUUUGAAAAAUGGGUUGGCUCCUGAUGAAGCCAAGAGGGAAGUUGUUAGUGGGUCGUGUGAAAAACCUGAUGGGAACAACAGAAAUGGUGCCAUUGUUGAUGGGGAUGAGAGGCGGAGUCAUGGGGAUGUGGUGGUGUCUGGGAAGGAUAUUAAGGAAAUCAAAUACACAGCACUGAAUUCUUUUGCAGAGUCUGGGCUUCCUAAAGAAGUUCUGGAGUGCUGCCAAGGUUUUGAAAAGCCGUCGCCGAUUCAGUCCCAUUCUUGGCCUUUCCUGUUGAACAAUCGUGAUUUUAUCGGGAUUGCAGCAACUGGGUCAGGCAAGACAUUGGCCUUUGGGGUUCCAGCUAUUAUGCAUAUUUUGCAAAAGCGGAAGAAUAAGACAUCGAAGAGACUGAAUCCGCUUUGCCUUGUACUUUCACCCACUAGAGAGCUAGCUCAACAAAUUUCAGAUGUUCUGUGCGCUGCUGGAAAACCAUGUGGCUUGCAAUCAGUUUGUGUAUAUGGAGGAACUUCCAAAGGACCCCAAAUAUCUGCUCUGAAGUCUGGUGUUGAUAUUGUUAUUGGAACACCUGGACGUUUGAAGGACUUGAUUGAAAUGGGUGUAUGCGUUUUGAAGGAGGUAUCAUUUGUGGUUCUAGAUGAAGCUGAUCGAAUGCUUGACAUGGGAUUUGAGCCAGAAGUUCGCUCUAUAUUGAGCCAAACAUGCUCUACUCGUCAAAUGGUUAUGUUUAGUGCUACGUGGCCUCUGCCUGUUCAUCAAUUAGCUCAAGAAUUCAUGGAUCCCAAUCCAGUUAAGGUGGUUGUAGGUUCAGAGGAUCUGGCUGCCAACCAUGAUGUCCUGCAGAUAGUUGAGGUUUUGGAGGAUCGAGCGCGUGAUGAGCGUUUGGUCUCGUUGUUAGAGAAAUACCAUAAAUCACAAAAGAACAGAGUGUUGGUUUUUGUAUUGUACAAGAUGGAAGCAGCCCGUGUUGAGAACAUGCUUCAAAAAAAGGGUUGGAAUGUAGUCUCUAUUCAUGGGGACAAAGCACAACAUGCUCGUACAAAGGCACUGUCUCUUUUUAAGGAGGGAAGCUGUCCCUUAAUGAUAGCCACUGAUGUGGCUGCUCGAGGAUUAGAUAUUCCUGAUGUUGAAGUAGUGAUAAAUUACAGUUUUCCUCUGACAACGGAGGAUUAUGUCCAUAGAAUAGGGAGGACGGGACGAGCUGGUAAAAAGGGUGUUGCCCACACAUUUUUCAUGAAAGAAAACAAGGGAUUAGCUGGGGAAUUGGUAAAUGUUCUGAGAGAGGCUGGACAGAUUGUCCCUACUGCCCUUACAAAUUUUGGCACCCACGUAAAGAAGAAGGAAUCAAAGCUCUAUGGGGCUCAUUUUAGGGAGAUUGCCGCUGAUGCUCCAAAAGCCAAGAAAAUAACAUUUGACUCUGAUAAUGAAGAUUGAGGCCGACUGCAAUUCCAAACUGUUGAGCUUGUACCAAACCUGUUUGAUAGCCGGUUAUCAACGUUUGGUGAUUGUUUUUGCUUUUCGGGUCUCAUAGCCUUUAACCUCAGCAGGUUUUGAGCAUGAAGGCAAAUACGAUUUGGGGUACUAGCCACAUGGCCUAGCCGUUCCUGGAUAGAAAUUUGUAAUCUCUCCCUCUCCCUCUGUCGGUGUGGUCACAAGGUAACUUGUGGAAAAUCUGAGACUCAUCUAUUUAUCUUCCUUUAUCGUUUUAUUUUUAUCGGCAUCUUUUUUAUUUAUUUUUCUUUUUCUUUGAGAGGUUCUGAAUGAAAACUGUUUCACGAUUUAUUGGGGCAAUAUAUGUAUGAAAAUAUGCUCUAGUUCAAUUGCUUGGUGAGCUGUAAUGAAAAUUUUGAUGUUCUUAAUUUACUGUACUGAAUUGGUUCUAGUUAAGGUAAAGAAAA